AUGACAGCGCGCAGAUCCCCAGCGCCUUAUGAGCUCUUCCCGCUUCCCGCACACCUCCCUACCCGGCUGGCCGGGUCUUGGUUUCCCAGCGGCGCCCUCGCGGGCCCUGAUCUCGGCCUCGACGUCGGCCAGGCGGCCGCGCACCUUGGCGACCUCCUGCUGCAGCAUCCAGACGAAGCUCUCGGUCUCGGGGUCCGUGAGGGCGACGAGCGAGUCGUCCGCCCCCGCGGUUGGGGCCGUGGACGUUUCAGCGAGCACGCUGUCGCGCAGGCUGGACACGGCGGCGGCGGCGUCGACCACGUGCGCGGCGACGGAGCCCUCGAACGACGCCUGGACGUUGCGCGCCAUGUCGGCGGCCUUGGCGGAGCGGUCGUGCAGCGCGGCGGACAGCGCGGCGGCGUCCCGGCUCGGAUCGUCGGGGAGGUUGAGGGCGAGGGUGCGGAGGAGGGUCGGGAGGGCGGGUUCCUGGUCCUGCUGGUCCGCGGCGCUGCUGUUCAUGAUGCCUGCUGUGGUGUUGGCGCGCCGGGGCCGGACGGGUGA